CGGCUUCUAGGGAAUCCACGACAAAUGCCUCUAGAGUUGUGUUAGCCAUCUCUAAUUAUCCCUAGGUGCAUAUAUUCGAAACAUUUCUACUACUCAUGAGGCUAGCCUAGCGCUCCCCGACAAUGGCGGCCGACGGUGGUCGACUGCGUACAGCUCAAGCCGCCCAGGCGUGUGUGAUGUGUAAGACUCGAAAGAAAAGGUGUAACAAGUCGUUGCCGUCUUGCGGAUAUUGCACCCUGAAAGACCUGGACUGUGUGUAUGCUGGAGUCCCACGCCCAGGGAAUUAUGUCGCCCCUACCGUCGAGAGCCCCUAUGCUAUGCCGAAUUGGGGUGCACGAUCGCCUAUGAACAUCGUCUCCUCUCGCAUGGUCCUAUCUGCAACGUCUUCACGUCAAGUGUAUCUCGAGGUUCAUAGUAUUAUUCGUGCAACGGGACAGUUUGUGGACGACAUCAGCGCCCGCUAUUUCCAGGGUUUUCACCGCCACCUGCCCAUCAUCUCCCGUAUACGCUUCUACAACAACCUCAUCACGUUAGGGGCAGCCCCGGCCGCCGACUUUUCCGUCUUGCUGCUGACUAUCUGUCUGAUCACGCACGCUCCUGCACUGGGAUAUCAAUCGGGACAUGGGGCCCCUCGAUCCGUCGAACAGCAAUCACUCUAUCUCACUGCGAGGUCUCUCUUUGCCCAGGUUCAGGUAUCUUGCUCACCCUCCGUCCUUUUAAUCCAAUCUGGUCUCUUGCUAGCCGUGUAUGAGUACACACAUGGCCGGCCGGACGAUGCAUUCGUAACCAUCGCAGGCAGCGCGCGAAUGGCCUACGCCGCCCGCAUCCACGCUCGCGACCGCCAUCAGCCACAGAUGACACCGACAGCCGGCCACAGUGCGGAUACCGACUUCCUACUGCGGACUGAAGAAGCAGCAAAUACGUGGUGGGGAAUUGUUAUCUAUGAGCGGACCUUCUUCAGCGAGGUGGCAGUCUUCGACCAACCGCUGGUUACUGUAUUUCCUGGUCAAGAUGCUCGCCUGCCGAUCGAACCCCAAGUCCUCGACCAGCUCGACAUUUUAGACCUGGAGUCCCUACCCAACAUCCCUGUGUCCUGUCUGACGUCGCCAAAAGUUGGAGGAUUCGGUCGGACAGCCCAAGCAACUUGUCUUCUAGAUCAAGUUCUCAAAGGUUUUGACACACCAGAUAUUGAUUCUAGACUGCUCCAGCUUGAAAGGCUAGAUAGCAAUAUCCAGGCCUUCCUGUCGUUGGUUAUGUCGCAGUGCCAGGGACCACCGGGCGUCUUAUAUUGUGCAGCAAUAAAUAUCGCCAUCAAGGCGCUAUUCACAUUACAUUGGCACAUUCUCGGCCAGCACCCACAGGUUGUCAGAGCCAACUCCAAACCACUGGACGAAUGGCAAAAGAGGUCGCAAGAGGCGCUUGGCACCGUUGCGAAGAUGGUCGUCGAGAUUGCCGAGGCCCUCAUCGCCGUGUCUCCCGCAAACACGGCGACGCAAAGAAUUGACGCCAUGCCUCCAAUGUAUCCAUACAUCGCUCGCGCCGCGCUGAAACAUAUCCAUAGUAGUACCCAGAGGGAAGAUGUAGGUUGGCUGAGGAGUGCCGAGGACGUGCUUCAGGCAUCCCUUGACAAAUAUUUCCAACGUUGGAGCGUGAGUGGUGACUGGACUCGGGUUGACUUAGAUGCGGAAAAGAGAUGUGAUAAUCCGCCGAUAUGAUUUACGCUCACUUCUCUACGCCCGUCUUUUCAUCCUCAGUACUACAGUGCCUUGUCAUAAGUCUCUGCACACUCAUCUACGGCUGCUUGAGGUGCCCCCGUAGGCUUUGAAAAGUCCAGACGCGAUGGAACACACGAUGCACUGGGAAUCCGGUAAUUCUUGACAUGCUAGUCGCCUGGCAGCUACUCCAAACUGUGGUGUCGCGCGAGCAAGAGGAAAGCCUUGGCGAAGGCGAUUGGAAGUGCUGGAACUUCCAACGUCGAUGUUGAUGCUAGAGUUGAGGCAGCAGGACUCGGGCUGCCUCUUGAAUGAUUUUUUAUCUCCUAGCCGGCCUACUCCUGACAGUCGUGUCGAUCUUAUAAAAUAGAGCUCAAGUCGUGGUACAUCCGUG